GCCAUUUCACUUAAAUGUCAUGUCAUGUCAGUCAAUCAACUGUCAAACUUAAGUACGACAACUAAUGUUAUGAUUUUUUAUUAUAAAUAAUUUAUGUAAUAAAUCAACAAAUGGCACGUUUUAAAAUAGCCUUGAACGGGCAAUAGUCAGUCUCAGUGUUAUGUGAGAUAUUAUUGUAAUGUGUGGGGUUAAGUGCGGUGUCUGGAUUAUGCUAGAUGUUAACUCGAGGCAGACGCAGUAAGAUGCCUUGCGAGAGCUGUGCCGUGCAGUUCAGCGUUUUUAAACGCAAGCAGGUGUGCUAUGAAUGUGAACGGUACUACUGCAGUGGUUGCCUACGCCGCGAGGGCUCAUUUGUGCUAUGUGUGCCUUGCAAAGUGUUAUCAACCAGACCGCUGCUUCGUCAGAGUAUAGCACAUCUUAAAGUCCGCGAUCUGCAGUGUUUUCUGCAGCGGCAGAAUGUUUCCACCAGAGGAUGUGUGGAGAAAGAAGAGUUGGUGAGCCUUUGUCUGUCACACGUGAAUAGUUCGACAUACCGUCGACGGGGGCCUCGUGCACGUCCCUCUCCUUUCAGCUCUCUCAAGGGCUUCACCAACAACCUCAAUGUCUUUAUUAACAAUGCCUUUGAAAUGCGAAACAAUGCACAGCCAGCACCACCACCACCACCUCCACAACAUAGUAACUGCCACAACGCGAGUCACGUGCACACACAGCGGCCGCCGCCCGGUCACCGGACACAACCCGCGCCACACCCACCGAGAGAGAGAUUCACUACAACACCAGGUGGGGAGCGCGACAUAACAGUGCCGGUGCCGUCGCGGGAGUCGCCCGACGAGGGGGAGGCGCAAGCGCAGGCGCGGGCGCACCCGCACGUGGACACCGACGACUGCUACGAGAUAGAGGACCUCGACGACGCCGGCUGGGAGUUCGUCACCCGGCCCGCCGCCGCCUUGCCGAACGAUUCGGAAGUGCUAAUAGCGGAAAGCGACACUCCGGAACGGAGUCGUCCUCCGCCCGCCGAAAGCGCGCAACCCGACGAGUCCCCCCCGAGGCGGGCGCGGCUCGAGGUCCCGGCGGCGGCGGGGGGUGCGGGGGGCGCGGGGCCGCUCGGGCCGCAGCAGCGCGCCGCGUCCGAGGCGGAGCUGCGGCCGCGGGGGGCGGCGCCGGAGCCCGACUCGCUCAGUCUGCACGACGAACCGCUGCCGGACUCCGGAACGGGUGGAGGCCGCGGGGCCGGUGAGCCUGGCGCGGGUGACGUCGGCGUCGCAGCUGGAGGCGCUGAGCGUGCGCGAGCUGAAGCAGCUGCUGGCGCGCAACCGCGUGGCGUACCGCGGCUGCCUCGAGCGGGCCGACCUGCUCGACCGCGCCAGGAUGCUCUACAGGGACCACGCGCUCUACAAACACGAGACGGAGUCGCUGCCGCUGGAGGAGUGCUGCAAGAUCUGCAUGGCGGCGCCGCUGGAGUGCGUGCUGCUGGAGUGCGGGCACAUCGCGGCGUGCACGGCGUGCAGCAGCGUGCUGGCCGAGUGCCCCAUCUGCCGCCAGUACGUCGUGCGCGCCGUGCGAUGCUUCCGCGCCUAACCGCGCCUAGUCUAGUGAUGCUCCGCAGAUAACCCCGUAUAGGAUUCUAGAUGAUAAUCUUCCU